AUGGCAAUUGUGAAACAUAAACCCGCAGACCAAGACAUCAAAGAAUAUAUUCUACAGAUCAGACAGCACAUCAAAGUCAGCAAGGAGAACACCCACUUCUACCCCCAGGAAAAGUUCUUCGACAGCGUCUCGUUCUGGCAAAAAGCGUACGAAAAGUCCGAGGCGGAGCAGAGCAAACUACUCGAUCGUGUUUUCGAAUUGGAACGCCGAAAUGAAGCCCUGCUUGCUAAGCUACAGGGUCAGGAGAAAGAUGCUGGGAAGGACGAGGCAGCCUUGAAACGGAAGACACCUGCGGGGAAGAAUGCUGCGGGAGCGAGGAAACGGGCAAGGACGCAAGUGAGUAUCGGUGAUCCGAGAGCUUUGGAGUAUAAUUACGGCUUGGGUGAUAGUGUAGGUGGGGGGUUUGAGUAUUUUGAAGAAGUUACUGGACCAUUCAUGAGGCAGUUCUAUGCGCUGCAGAAGGCUUUACAGAAACGUCCUGGCAAUGGGGAGCUUGCCCAGUCUGUCGUGACUCUGUGCCGAACAAUGGCUACUGAGAUGAGCAACCUGAGUAGCCAGAAACGAGUCGCUAGUGGUCGCGCAAAGAGAGGUUCACUUCAGAGCAAGGAACCUGAUAUACUCGCGGUCUUGCAUAGUGUUGACUGCGCUUUCCAACUUCUUUGUCAGGCCUUGGAAAGGCUGUCAGGCUCGUGCGCAGAGGCAGGGUUGUUGGUGUAUCAUAUAGUGGAGCUGUAUGAGUCCACCAUGAACGCUCUACAGCAAGAAUGCAAAUCGACAAUCGACCGGCCAUCAUGCGACACAAAGGCAAAGACUAAGACAUCCAAGUCUAAACAAAGUGCGAAGUCGAAACGGCCUGUGACGAACCAGUCUUCCGGUGCACAGUUAAGCCCUCACAGCGAAAUAGCAUCGCAAAUCGCUCGCCUACUGAACAGCAUGAUGAUUUCCCUUGACGUUGCAAGCGCAGGACACCAAAGCCUACUCGAAGGGUUUAUCUUUGUCCUACUUAGUCGUGUCGGGAAAUUGCUGAGCUUGUUCGUUUUCCAAGAUCUACAAAUUCAACCUGAUCUUCAUGCAGAUACCGAGAAGCUUCCGACUCCUGCGGGCUUACAUGAAGUUGAUAUGAAGGAGUCACAGUCGGCAGCAAAAAUGGAAGCAAGGCAUGCCAUCUGGCUUCUAGAGAGAGCUUUGGCUGUCAUGGAUGAUUUUCGGUCCUCGGCUCCAUUAUCAGUUUCCCAGUAUAUCAGUGCAAAUAACAUAUUUUCUUCAAAAGCUAAGGAGCGACUGCAGAGCACUCUCCUACAAGCGGUUUUUGGGGAAAGCUCCGAAUGGGGACAGGCUCUGCAACCUAUAGCCAAGCCCGAUCAGAAAGACCUGGACAGGUUAUUGAGCUGUUCUCAAACUUCCGAACAGGCUACCCCGAACUGGUUUAUACAAGAGAUCUGGAGACUACUCGGUUGGGAAAUGCUUGAGAGAAAGUCCGUCUAG